AAAAUGGCCGCGAUUGGAAUGUGCGAAACUCCCGGCUGUAAAUCUAUAGCACAACUACAGUGUCCCACUUGUGUUAAACUCGGUAUUCAGGGUUCUUUCUUUUGCAACCAAGACUGCUUCAAGAAAUCAUGGAAAACGCACAAAAUUAUUCACUCGUUGGCCAAGGGUGAGAGUACUGAUGGUUCGAACGCGGAGUAUAAUCCGUGGCCGGCUUACAGUUUCACGGGCAAGUUGAGACCUUUUCCGCCUGGACCUAAGCGAACUGUGCCUCCUCACAUCGGCCGUCCUGAUUACGCGGACCAUCCUACCGGUUUCCCGGCGUCGGAAAAUGCUGCCAAAGGCUCCGGACAGAUCAAAGUGCUCGAUGACGAAGAAAUUGAAGGCAUGCGUGUCGCUUGCCGACUUGGCCGCGAAGUUUUGGACGAAGCAGCCAAAGUUUGUGAUGUGGGAGUGACAACUGAUGAGAUUGACCGUGUUGUUCAUGAAGCUUGUAUCGAAAGAGAAUGCUAUCCGAGCCCUUUGAAUUACAACAAUUUCCCAAACAGUUGUUGUACAUCAGUGAAUGAAGUUAUAUGUCAUGGAAUUCCAGAUACACGCCCACUACAGGAUGGCGAUAUUUGCAAUGUGGAUGUGACUGUUUAUCAUCGUGGAUUCCAUGGUGAUCUCAACGAAACCUUUUUUGUAGGUACUAUUGCAGAAAGCACUCGAAAGCUGGUGCAGGUUACCUAUGAGUGUUUAUCAAAAGCAAUUGACAUUGUGAAGCCUGGUGAGAAAUACCGAGAAAUAGGGAAUGUAAUACAAAAGCAUGCUCAAGCUAAUGGAUUCAGUGUGGUUCGAUCGUACUGCGGUCAUGGUAUACACAGAUUGUUCCAUACUGCACCAAAUGUACCACAUUAUGCAAAGAAUAAGGCUGUGGGUGUGAUGCGACCAGGCCACGUAUUUACCAUUGAGCCGAUGAUCAACGAAGGGGGGUGGAGAGAUGACCAGUGGCCUGACCACUGGACCGCUGUCACUAGCGACGGGUCACGGUCUGCGCAGUUUGAACAAACAUUGCUGGUCACGGAAACCGGAUGCGACAUAAUGACGAAGCGUUUGACCGGCCGGCCCUGGUUCAUGGACCAACUCGACAAGUACGACAAAAUCAACAACGGCCUCUAGCGGACAAACAGUGUCAUAGAGGUGACUUACCACUUAAUGUACUUUAUACUUACAUACAUCCUUUGUCCCAAAUAUUCGGCUAAUCGGUACGAAGUCCUUUUGGACGCCUGCCGUUUUAUAAUAAAUAAAAAAAUACAAUAAAAAUCUAGGCUGUAUGG